AUGCCACAAUCUGCAUUUCCGGCUUCACGACAGGACUUUGUCGCAAAAGUGAGAUUUUUGAAUGACCUCCCUCCACCGCCAUGCCCCCCUAAAAUGAUAGACCUACAGUCAUCAUUGAAAGGUGACCCUCUGACAUUCUCUGCGCUCCUUUCAUCAGUUUUCCGCAAAGACCACUUUAGUAAUCUAGUGACUUUGGACGACGAAUUGGGAUUACAUAUGAGUUUGCUAGAAAACCCCAAGUGUAUUGAAGAAAACACAUUGUCACCAAUAACUGCACUAGCACCAGAUUUUGGUAACAAUUCCAUGCUUCAUCCUGAAGACAAAAUUCUACUAACAGAUCCAACAAAAACCGUUGCUUCUAAGGAGGACAGCGUCAGCUUCUUACGCAGGACUCAAUACAUUUCCUCCGACCGGACAUCAGCACGUAUGCCCUCAUCUUCGGAUUCAUCCUUGUCCAAGUUACGCAUGAGAAAGCGUGAGGAAUUUGAUGCUAAAUCUCAGCUGCGAAAAGUUGAGAAAAUGUUUGCUCGUAGCGACAUACAUGAGAAUGUUGAAGAAAUUUUGCAUCCAUCAAAGAAGGGCCUAAGAGCCAAAAAAGUUUGGAGCUUACUGCCAGACACAUCAAUGCUAGACCAGAACUUUUAUGACAUAAAGUUUGCGAGCUCAUCCUCUUUCAGGAAAGAGCGGACGAACAAACGGAAAGCUGAAGAGCCCUCAGAUAUCACAGCACCGCUUUUCAAGCUAGUUUCUCUCAGUGACGCGACAAACUUCAUGACUUUGUACACUGCAGAUGACAACGAUUGUGACCAGGUGAACGCCUUGCUCAAAGACACUAAAGAAAACGCCCCAGCUUCGUCUCUGGAGGAAGCUAGAUUGUCAAGUAGCAAAAUAUUAACAUAUCAGAAAUUAAGGGAUUAUGACAGCAAUUCAAGAAUGAUUAGCAAUGCCGAAUUCUCUCGUCAACUAGCCAUAACCUUUGAUGAAAGGUCCUCUACUGCUUUAUUUGUUCCAAUAAAAGGGAGAAUUGAACUCAAAAAGCGCCGCAUCGACAGCUUUUUAGAACCAAAGCUUAGGGCUCUUAGUUACGAUGAAAUCAAACUUAACAUCCGGGAGCCAACUAGGGCAGAGGUUUACGAACGUGAUAUACGCAGAAGUAAUUUCGACCCCAUGGAAUUUGGCGCUGACGAAGAGGAAGCGAAUGAGGGAGCUGCAGCUGAUACACAUACUGCUUGA